AUGAGUCAACAACGCCGUAUACCUUCCUCCGAAUAUCCCAACAACUUCAAUAUCUCUUCCUAUUCUUCAGCAACUAAACUCGAACUGCCUGAUCAAUCAAUAGUUUAUCCUGCAUCUUCGUUUUAUGUUUCUCCAAUGGCAAACAACCACCCAUCACCUUCAAGUUCUUAUUUUUACGAUCAACAAAGCCAAUUUAUUCAUCAACAAAACAGUCCUGAUUCUACCUUCAUGUCUACUUCUCCACCACCUCAUAAAAUGAAUACCUGUUCGCCUUCAUCGAUCAUGAUCCAAGAGCCACCCAUGUUAGUUGCUUCCUCGUCCUCAACAACAACCGCUUCCACUAUGUCUUCCUCCUCGGUCGAAUUCCUAAACGAAGCCUUUGCAAAAGCUUCUUCGUUGCCUGAAUCUUUCUAUCCUGAAUUCUUACAGUAUUCCAAAGAAGCUUACGAACAGUCUACUGGUGGUGGACCUAACCAUACACAACACCAGCAGCAAAUGCAACAUCAACAACAGCAACAACAACAACAGAUGAGCGAAAACAAUGGCGAAGAAUCUGAUAAUGACGAUGAAAUGAAUACCAAUGGUUUGACAUCAACCGAAAUUCGUAGACAAAUACAUAUUCAAUCCGAGCAGAAGAGAAGAGCUCAAAUUAAAGAUGGAUUUGAAGAGUUGAGAAAUGAAUUACCAGCUUGUUUAAAUAAAAAAAUGAGCAAAGUCGCAUUAUUACAUCGCACUGUCCAACAUAUACAACACUUAAAAGACACUCAAAUGUCUAUUUUGUCUGAAUUAGAAAGACUUGUUCAUGAGAAUGAACAACUUCGCAAGUUCCAAGAAGGUGUGCUUCAAAAGCAAGCUUUGGAAAACAUGUAUACCAUGACAAACAUGUAA